CGACACGACAACGACAAUGACAUCGCCAGGGCCGGAGGAGGAGGACCCGCAGCGGCUCUCCGACGAAGAGCGCGCAGACGACCUGGUGCGAUCGCACCAUAAGCCAGCGAGGUCUGCGGCCAAACAACAACAGGCCAAGAGCAGCACCGGCGACAAUGUACGGCUGCAGCGCAUGUCCGAUGCCCUGGACAAGUUCCUGGACCUCAUCGACCAUCAGGCAACCAAGGAGAAUGUCGCGCUUGCGCUCCCACAGAUCAAGGAGCAGUACCUCGAGAACCUGCGCGGACAGUUCAUCACUGAGCUCAAGGACGUCAUCAGGGCAGAGAAGGACGUGCUGGUGGAACGCUACGGUGUGGCACCGCGCCUCGAGAGCCUGUCGCGCAUGUGCGUCGAGGCCGAUGCCCGCGCCUCGUCUGGGCGCGAGCCGCGAGAAUAUGGCGACGCAUACAGGCCCACGCUGGACAUUGCGACUGCGCUCCAUGCCAAGUCCAUCCCCGCCCAGCGCCGCCGUGUCGCGUCGCUCGAGAGGGAGCUGACCGAGCUGGCGCGCGACAAUGAUGCCCAGCACACAAGGCUCACGGCGACGCUGCAGCGCACAGAGGAGAGGCGCACAGAUGCGAGCACUGCGCUCGACAGGCUUGAACAGACCGUCAAUGCGCUCACCGAUGCGCAGGGGGCAUCAGCCACAGGCAGCAGGAACAACAACAACGCCAGCGACGACGACAUUAGGAGCGAGGUAGCGGCCUUGUUGGCUGCCCUCGGCCCGAGCAGCAGGUAGCCCGGCUUGUGCAUUCACGGCAUCAGCGAAUCCUUGCGGGAGGAUCUCCCUUUGUACAGUAUGCUUUCAUUCAAUGCAGCCAGUGUAGUAGU